UUCUUUUGUCACUUCACUCUUAGUAGUUCUCUCUUUGGAAGCAAACAAAAAUGGGGAAUUACAAGCAAAAAUCUCUAAUUUUGUGGGCUGUUGCUGCUGCAUUGCUCAUACAUAAUUUAGUCAUUCCUGUUACGGCUAGAGCUUCUUUUGAAGAACAAAAGACAUAUUACUCUCCUGAUCCGAGUACUGGAAAUCCUCCUAGUUCAGGAGAAGGUGGUCAUGGAACACCUUCGCAUGGAGGAAAAUCACCUGGUGGGAACUGUGGUACCCCGGCCCCUAGUGGAGGGCAUCAACAUCACCAUCAUCAUAAACCUACCCCAUCCCCUCCGUCAGGAGGGCAUGGAGGUUAUUCUCCGUCUCCACCAACUCAUGGUGGAGGUGGAAGCCCUCCUAGUACCCCCAGUACACCAACUACCCCAACUCCUGACCCCGGUACUCCAAGCACUCCAGGAGGUGGUGGAUACUCUCCUUCCCCUACUCCUACUACUCCUACCCCUAGUACACCAUCCACCCCCUCCACACCUACUAUUGAAACACCACCUACUCCUACCGUUGAUCCUGGAACUCCAAGCACUCCUGGGGGUGGUGGUUACUAUCCUUCGCCUACACCUACACCUAGUACCCCAUCUACACCUACACCUAGUACCCCCUCUACACCUACUAUUGAAACACCACCUACUCCUACCGCUGAUCCUGGAACUCCAAGCACUCCUGGGGGUGGUGGCUACUAUCCUACGCCUACACCUACACCUAGUACCCCCUCUACACCUACUAUUGAAACACCACCUACUCCUACCAUUGACCCUGGCACGCCAAGCACUCCAGGGGGUGGUGGUUACUAUCCUUCUCCGACACCUACUACCCCGUCUACACCUACCAUUGAAACACCACCCACUCCUACCAUUGACCCUGGAACUCCAAGCACUCCGGGUGGUGGUGGUUACUAUCCUUCUCCUACACCUACCAUUGAAACACCACCCACUCCUAUCAUUGACCCCGGAACUCCAAGUGCUCCAGGUGUCUUCCCAAUUGACCCCAACUCACCACCUUUUACAUGCAAUUACUGGAGGACUCACCCGACUCUUAUAUGGGGCUUAUUUGGCUGGUUGGGAACUGUAGGAAAUUCAUUUGGUGUGGCUAGUGUUCCAGGUUUCGGAUCAAACAUGAACUUGCUCCAAGCACUUUCCAACUCUCGUAACGAUGCCUACGGCGAUCUCUACAGAGAAGGAACAGCUUCAUUAUUGAACUCCAUGGUGAGCAAAAGCUUCACCUACACUUCCAACCAAGUCAGGGAUAGUUUUGUUUCAGCACUUAGUUCAGACAAGUCAGCAGCAGCUCAGGCACAGCUAUUCAAGUUAGCCAACGAGGGUAGAGCUUGAGCAGAAGUCGUUAAUCUCUUUUCAAAAUCGUCACUUUUUCAGUUUCUUUCUAUGUCUAGUAAUUUCAUAGUGAUGUGUGCUUUUACUUAAGAUUGGAUACUAGAAAUGUUUAUUUUUCCUCUA